AUGAGUUCUAUGAACUCCCGCUUCAAAAGCCUUGGAUUCGGCUCCAAAAGGAAAUCAAGCGCCCUCGCUCCCACGCUCGCUCCCAAUAAUCUCAACCCACCAAACCCCACUCCUCCAACCUCGCUCGCGCCGCAGCAGCAGCAGCAGCAGCACUACCAGCAGCAGCAGCACCCCGACCAGAGGCCCAUUCCUUCAACAGCCUCGUCCUCUUCCUCAACCUACAACCUACCCAUGAAUUACGCUGGAGCUGGCGGGCGCCCACCCAGCUACACAAAUAACUACGCUCCUGCUCCCGCAGGCGUCGGUCGUACACAGAGCCCUUUGACAACAGGAACUCCUCGAACGCCGCCAACCCAGAUGUUGGGCGGACCUCCCCCGAUCAACACCGCCGCCUCUGGUUAUCCUCCUGGCCAUCCACAAGCAAUGGGACCACCACCACCAGCUGGCGGCCCGCCUCAAUACGGCGGUCCACCACAGUAUGGUGCUCCGCCUGCCCCAGUAGGUGGAGGCAGUAUGGCUGCUGCUCAGUAUGCUAACAGAAAUGCCGUCGAGGUUGAGGGUGCUGGCAGGAGCAAAGCCCAACUGAUCGUGGGUAUCGAUUUUGGAACAACAUUCUCAGGCGUUGCCUUCGCGUUCGCUACGAACACCGAGGCGAAAGAAGAUAUCAUUACAGAAUGGCCAGGCGCUGGAUCAUACACCAAACAAAAAAUUCCUACGGUGCUAUACUACGAUCAAUACCAGAAAGUUGUGGGCUGGGGACCAGAUAUCGCGGAUGCUUUAGCACCAACUGGCUACCCAAAGCCUGGUGUGCAAAAGGUUGAGUGGUUUAAGCUGCAGCUCAUGCUUUCGGGUAACACAUAUAUCGAUCCUAUUAACCUUCCUCCCCUUCCUCCCGGAAAGUCAGAAAUUGAUGUGGCCGCCGAUUACCUCUUCAAACUCCGACAAGCCAUGCGGAAUCAAUUACAAAAGACAUUGGGUGAGGUAUUCAACCGAGAGGAGCGAAACAUUAGGUACUACCUUACCGUGCCUGCCAUCUGGAACGAUGCUGGCAAGGCUGCGACCCGUGCAGCUGCCAUCCAAGCCGGUUUCUUGCGUGACGAGAACGAUAACAGACUUACGCUCAUCACCGAACCCGAGGCUGCUGCUCUUUUCUGCUCCAAGGCUGGUCUUUUGAAUCUAAAGGUGCAUGAUGCAGUGUUGAUUGUCGAUUGUGGUGGUGGAACCGUCGAUCUGAUUGCCUACGAGGUCGAAGAAGAGUCUCCUUUCACGGUCUCCGAGUGUACAGCAGGAUCUGGUGAUUCGUGUGGCUCAACAGCCCUGAACCGAAAUUUCAGCAACAUCCUCCGGACAAAGAUCCGAAAGAUGAAGCUUCCCGAUGGAUCCAAGACCGCAGGCAGGGUUUAUGCUAAAUGUAUUAUGGACUUUGAGAACAGGAUCAAGGCCGAUUUCCGGAAUAACAACCAGAAGUGGGCGGUCGAUGUUGGCAUCGAGGCUGAGUUCCCGGAAGCUGGCAUCGAAGAAGGAUACAUGACAUUCACAAACGAGGAGAUCUUACAGUGCUUUGAGCCCGUCGUCAACCGCAUCUUAGAACUGGUACGAAAUCAGAUCAUUGCCAUUCAAGCGCAAAACCGCACGCUACAAAAUGUCUUGGUCGUUGGUGGUUUUGGUGCUUCAGAAUAUCUCUUCCAACAGAUCAAGCUCCACGUACCACCUCAAUUCCAGGCCAAAGUUGUCAGACCCAUGGACUCCGUUGCUGCUAUCGUCAAGGGUGCGGUUACCGCAGGUAUUACGGAGCGAGUCGUCACAUCCCGUGUGGCCCGUAGACAUUAUCUAAUGGCCACCCUUCAGCCUUUCAAGGAGGGCCAUCACCCCGAGGCUUACCGUGUCCCGUCGUUGGACGGAAAGGAUCGAUGCAAAUUCACUCGCCAAAUAUUUGUGCAAAAGGGUCAACGAGUCAAGAUUGGAGAGCCUGUCAAGGUUUCCUUCUUCAGGCAAGUGGCUCCUGGUGCGACUUUGAUGUACGAGGAUAUCUUGUAUGCAUGCGACGAUGAUGUUUGCCCAGAAUAUACGAAAGAUCCCCGCGUCAAGGAAGUCGUAACGCUCACGUCAGAUCUUUCCCGCAAAAACCUUGAGAAGGAUUUCGAGCGGAUGGACACCCCGCAAGGCACAUUCUACCGUGUGUACUUCGACAUCUACCUAACGCUGGACGGAUCUGAAUUCAACGCCGAAUUGGUAUGCCAGGGCGAGGUUAUGGGGCGCUGCACGUCGAGAUUCAAAUGA